CUCAGCUGCUCAUGUCAUCAGUGGAGCAGAGAAAAGGGAGAGAUUGAGGGUGGUAACUUCUAUCAGCGAGCUUUUUUUUUUUCCUGCUUUGGCGCAUCCGCCGUCGAGCUCUGCCUGCUGUGUUUACCUCUCUGUGGUCCGGGGAGAAACUGGGGGGGGAAUCCACCUGCCGGAGAGCGAGACACACCUCGGGAUGGAUGCCCUGAAAUCCGCCGGCAGAGCGAUCAUCAAGAGCCCCGGAGUUCCGCGGCACACAUGGGGAACUUCGAAGCACGAAAAGCUGCCAGAGAACUGGACAGACACCAAGGAGACGUUGCUGGAGGGGAUGGUGUUCAACGUGAAGUACCUGGGCAUGACGCUGGUGGGCCAGCCCAAAGGAGAGGACAUGGCUUCGGCAGCCAUUCACAGAAUCGUCGCCACGGCCAGAGCCAGUGCUAAGAAGUUUCGGAAAGUAACGCUGACGGUCUCACCGAAAGGCAUCAUCAUCACAGACACGGAGACUACAGACCUCAUAGAGAAUGUCUCCAUAUACAGAAUCUCUUACUGCACAGCAGAUAAAACUCAGGACAAGGUCUUCGCAUACGUCUCUCAGAGUCAAUUCAACGAGACUCUGGAGUGCCAUGCGUUUCUCUGCCAAAAGAAGAAGAUUGCUCAGGCUGUGACAUUAACGGUCGCCCAGGCCUUUAAAGUAGCUCUAGAUCUUUGGGAGAUUGCUCAGGAAGGCAAAAGCAAAAAGACCAGGACCUGCUGUUCCUGUGCGGCAAACAACGGGCAGACGGAGGCAACAGACACUCAGUGUGUUCCAGCUGAGGCGCACAAGCCUGUUGGGAUGGAGGAGAAGCUGCGGAGGCCUUUCUUCUCCGCCUCGCUCAGCUCGCCCUCACCUCGGAGCAACCCCACUCGAAGGCGACCAAUCAAACAUGACUCCUGGGAUGUGGAGGAUGGACUUGAUGAUGCGUUCUCAAGACUGGCCGAGUCCCGCUCCGAACCCGUCUCUGACGAUGCAGCUCUGAGUCCCCAGGAGGUCUCCACUGUGGAUCUGUUGUCUAUCUGCAACAAUGAGUUUGAAUAACAGCCUGGCAACAACUGCCCAAUUUACAGCACCACAAAAAUUUGACAGAAAUCAUACCACAGUCUCCAAGACCAGAUAAAAAAAACAAACAAAAAAAAAAAACCCAAAAAUCUAACACACACACAAAACGGCAUACAUCAACUGAACAGACACGAAAACAUAUCACGCUCCCUGGUGCACAACCUGAAUCAGAGAGGCUCUGUUUGAUAUUCUGUGGCUGCUGCAGAGAAGCCAGAAUGAAUACCUUGAUAUUAUGAACUGCUAUUUCUGUGAAUGCCUGCCAUUCAACACACACACUCCACUCAGUGUAAACAGCCAUCUCCUGCCAUAUUCAAACAUUCACAAACUGUCGGAUGAAAGAUGGAAGGAAAGAUGUCACAUGCACAGCGAGCAAAAAUUAUAUAUAUUUCUACUCAAGAAGUUCCCACAGAAGAUCACAGGC